AUGGGAAAUUUCUUUAAUGAGGAGAUAAAGAAGGAAUAAUUCACCUCCAUGGGGUUGAAAAAGUUGACUCUUAAGGUUGGUUCUCUAAACUAACAAAUGGCACCAAGCAUUCCCUUUGUGUUGGAAUCUGGAUCGAUUUCUCUUUUAAAAUUGGAUCUACACAAACUAACAUGUGUAAUAGAGGAGGUGGAAUUGACCUUGAAUUUCAAGACAAUAGAAUAAUAUCGGUUGUUUGUGCAAACCUACACGAAGCAAAAGAUGACAGCUGAUAAACUGUAGAAGAUCAAGGAUGAAAUCAUUAAAGCCUACAAGGUCAAGAGUGAGACCUCGAAUAAUGUGAAUCAGAAUGCCUGGAACAUAAUUAGAUAGUUUUUAUAAAAAAUAACAUUCACAGUUAAUAAACUGGUUUUGCAUAUAGUUGAACCAAUCCACAAGGACAAGCUCUCUUUGGCAAUAAAUUAGAUCAGUAUGAGAGUGAGAAAACUGCAGGAGGAAAAGGAUUAAAUGGUCAGUACAAUGAUAAUUGGGGGGUGUUCACUGCACAUCAACGAAAAGAACUAAUUGUUUGACGUAAACAACUUUUAGAAGGAAUCUUGCAUUUUUAGUUUAUAGUAGCAAUACAUCAACAAGUAUGAUUAGCAUGUGGUCAUCCAUUUAAAGACGGAAUUGAAGGAGAGGCUAAAAUUCAAUAGUACACUAUGUAUAAGAUUGAUGCAAAUGAACUUCAAUUAUAAGUAAUUCCAAAUAGCAAUAAGAAUGGUUCUGAGUAUUUUGGAUCAUAACAAACUCAUCUAAUCUCAAGAUAAAAUAAUCAUCGAAUCUAUAAGAUAGGAGACACCACAAUUUUAAUUUACGUGGUGUGAAUCAUAGAUACACUUAAAUUAUUGUGAUCAGAUGGGAGAACCUAAACAGGAUGAUGUAGAGAGCAAGUCAUUGAGUGAGGAGGACAUGGUGGAGUUCAAUGAGGAUUUAGAAUAACGCUUUAGAGAAGUCAGUUAAUUCAAUAGAAGAAGAAGGGGAAGAACAAUUUGA